ACAGGCAACUUUUUAUGCAAAGUGGGCUCCAUGAGAUAUGUCUUACCUGCAGAGUGCUUAUUACUUUUAAUAAUUUCUUUUCUGGAGAUUCAGUGUGUGUACUGCACCUAAAAAUAGUAAAUUUUUACUUUCCAUCCAUUUUAAAUUACUGAACAUUCGGGACGUAAGAGAACAAAACUAAAAUUAAUUCUCAAUGAAUGACCUUCAAGAUUUUUACAAAGAUUUCUCUUGUGAAUACUCUUUUAUCUUACCACCAAUGUAUAACUCGCCAAGUUUAGAUAUACCUUCCAUAUCAGACUCUAACAUAUCAGGAUCGAAUUCAAAUAGUAAUUUUGAUGAUGGAACAUUUUACCAUAACCCAGAUAGCAGUUUGCCAGAGUCCUCACACAAAAAUCACAUCAAUGCUGUUAAAGAAAGAGUCAAGUCUUCCUAUAGAACCAAUAUAGACAAAGAUAAUUUUUCCAAUAUUUUAAAACAAAAUAGCAUUCAAAAAGAGCUAAUUGAAGAAGUCAGUCCUAGUUUACAACCUGGAUUACUAGAAAUUCCAAAAUCCAAUACAUUUGAUCCUUCAAACAAUUUUAAGAAUCAAUCUGAAAAAUAUUCUGCCACCCAUAGCUUGUAUGCCCAUCAAAACCCACUUAAAAAUUCAUUUCAUCCUGUGACAGCAAAAACAACAAAUUCCCAAAUAACAAACACCAAUCCAGUCUUAAUGUCAGACUCUGAAAAAUGUACUGCAUUAGAUUCUGUGGAAGUACUGGUUAGUAAUCUUGACUAUAACAUUAGUCCAAGAGAGUGGAAAGAAAUUCUCUCUUCAACUUUUCGAGCUGCAGUUAUGAAAAAUCUUAAGGUUAUUGAUGUAACAGUCAAAGCACAAUCUGACAAUUCAAACUUGGCCAUUGUGCGGGUACCAACAACUGAUGAUGCCAGAUUUGCAAUAUCUCAAUUUCAUGGAAAGAAAAUUGGUUAUAAAAGAGUACAUGUGUGUUUAAAGUCUGAAGGAAAUCUAAAUCAGUCUAGCAUAAGCAGAUCAGAAGCAAUAGCCAUACUAAAAGAAGCAAAAGGACAUGUUUUGCCACUGUUCAAGUUCAUUGAACACUUUGACAAAAGGCAUCACCGUUCUAUCACUGUAUCAGAAUUGUAUAAAAUGAAAGGUAUUCUUGAGAUUAGAGAACAAGGUGGAGCUGGAAGAAUGGUUCAUUUAACAGCGUCAUUUAUUGCAUCCCAAAAAGAAGAUACCAAGAUACAAGACUCUCUAGAAUCUUCUAUUUGUCCAAUCCAUUGUAUUGGAAGUAUGACUGAAAUAGUGGAAACGCUUUCAAGUAACUUUCUCCCAAAUGUGAAAAUCAGACGCUCUGAUCUGGCAUCCCAGCUGAAAAUUCUAUUAGAGAAACAUAGAGGCAGCAUCCCAUUAAUGAGUUUCCCAGUUUGUUAUUCUUUGGAAAUUCACCCUCUUGAGAUUUUUAAUAAUGAUGGUGUGAACUUGGAACAUCUAAUUAGUACAAUACCUGGUAUCAAAAUUUCGAGUGGAAAAUUGGGAGUGAAGAAGAUUCAAUAUGUAGAGAGCAAGUCGAAUCAAUUUGUUUUAUCAAGCCACAAUUCCAACAUCAAUGAUAUGGCUGAAUGUACUUAUACACCUCCGAAUAAUUCCUCUUUUACACAACAACUUAAUCAGAUCAGUAGAGAAGUGGUAGAUCUGCUUAAACAUGCACCAAACUACCAGGUACCUUUCAGUAAAUUUAUUCCAGAAUAUCACCACCAUUUUGGUCGACAAUGCCGAGUAGCUGACUACGGCUAUACGAAAUUAGUGGAACUUUUGGAGGCCAUUCCUCACGUUGUACAGAUCCUUGGAAAUGGUGAAAAGCGAGUACUUACACUAAGCCACAAAGCGCAAAUACGUCGGUUUACAGCAGAUCUAUUGAAAGUUUUAAAACUUCAAAGCAAUAAGGAAAUAAGCCUUUCAGAAUUUCCUUCAGCUUAUGAGAGAAUUCUAGAAAAACCAUGGAAUGUAAAAGAAUAUGGUGUUUGUUAUAUUGAAGAUCUCCUCUCAGAUAUUCCACCUGCUACAUUAUUGGUGGGAGAAGAUUCAGACCCAGUCCUCUCAGCACCCAAAAGAAAUCAGACUGCAGCAGAAAUUGCCAGAACCAAGCAGUUUUCACGGGAAGUGGUAGAUAUCAUUCGACACAAUCCUCACUGUGAAAUGACUUUCAAUAAAUUCAUUCCAUCAUAUCAUCACCACUUCGGCCGGCAGUGUAAAGUAGCAGACUAUGGUGUAGUAAAACUACUUGAAUUGUUUGAAUGUAUUCCACAUGUUGUACAGAUUGAAGAGAGAGAAGAAAGAAUGCUUAUUCUAACAAAACCAGAAAAGCUCAGAAUAUUUGCUGACCAAAUCACUUCAUUAUUAAGAUCUUCUCCUGAUCAAAGGAUGUCGCUGUUUGAUGUUGAAGUUUCUUACAACUACUUGUUUGAAUGUCCAUUUGACUUAGACACACAAACACAGCAAGAACUUCUUGCAAUGUUAAAACCCCUCUUUCAGGUUGAGAUGCAAGAUAGACAGACAUUCCUGACCAUAAAAUCUAGCCAAGCGUUUUGUCCACCUCUUGCUGAGAAGAUUAUAUCUAUAAUAAAUGAGUACAGUCCAGACACAUUUUCUCUUGCUCUCAAAGAUGUUUGUUCAUAUUACAAAGAAAUUUUCCAUGAAACAUUAGACUGCAGUUUACUGACAGAUUUAAUCUAUUAUGUUCAAGUAAUUGGUGAAAAGGAAUCUGCAGUUGUAAUGCUGUCUCCACUUCAAGAAUUUUCACAAUUAUUAAAACCAAUAUUAAAAAAUCAUAAUCUUUCCUUAUCUGACUUUGAAAGUGCUUUCUAUGAUUUAUAUGGAACUGAAAUUAAGCCAGCACUGUACAACUUCCAGUCUGUCAUAGAUAUGUUGAGUUCAAUUCCAAAUGUAGUGAACCUCAAGAAGAUUGAAAACAAAUAUUAUCCAACACUAAAUGAAAACCCUAAAGGUUCUAAAGAUAUUUUGGCUCAGAUGGAUAGAGAGAAUAAAGCUAUAUCUUCAAAACAAAGUGAAACCUCAAAGAAACCUCUUGUUCUUACAACAAAAAGAGACGAUGAAUCUAAUUCUUGGCUGAAUCUGACUGGAGUAAACCAGUAUUCCUACACCAGUGUUUCCUCUGACUCCCUGAAACAGUUUGUCAUGAGAGAAAGCUACAUCAAUAAUGACCAGCAGGCAUUAUUACAUCAAGACCAUUCUACAGAUGUUAAUUCUUGGAGCAAUGAGAAAGACUUUUUCAUUGAAUCACAAAUUGGGAUUUCACUGAAUAAGUUGGAAAACCACUCAUUUAAUGGCUGGUCUCAAACUUUCCAUUACACAAAUGAAGACCCAAAUGUGUACUAUGAACAAUCAAAUAUUUAUCCUUCAGUAUCAAAUUUAAUCAAUCCAGUAAUAUUUAAUUACAAUGGUGAAACUAAUAAAUCUCUUUAUCAUUAAUAACUUCUUUGAAAUUUAAGUUGUGCUAACAUGUAGUCAGCUUUUUCUUGAAAAUUUCUUCAAUACUAGUUCUCAAAGAAAAGUUGAAUAUCAUAAAAUGACACAAGAUUCUCAAAUCUACUAUAAGCCUAUACUCAACAAUACAGCAAAUUUGUCUUUGCUACAUGAUUUCCAUCAGUUGUUUAGCACUACAUUUCAAAAACGUUUUGGAGUGAAAUAUAUUUUUAGAACUUCAGAAGUUUUAUCAACCUGUUAAUUUUCUUUACAAAGCCAAAAAUCCAUAAUUUUGAAAUAUAAGUUUUUUCUUUUUUUUCUUAAGUACUCAUAUAAAACAAAUGCAUAUAUUAUAAAUCCAUGUAAUUUGCUCUGAAAGUCUUAAAUGCCAUAAACAAUUUCCAAUAUUUUUAUCCAAUUUCUGAAGGUCUUAUUUGCUCUAAUGGAUGACUAGCUUUCCGCUUAUAUCAUUUACCUUUUUAGAUAAAUGUUAAGUAAUGAGAAGCAAUGUAUAUUUAUUGUACAAAAAAUUCUUCUCCCAGAUUUGUUAUUUGGAGGGUUUAUAUUUAUAUUUUUUCU